AUGAAAAGAGUUUCUGGAUGUGCAAAAGCUGAUGAAAAUGACGUCCAACAAUGGCUCCAGGAUGACACCGAGCAAGACAUUUUGUCCAAUGCAGAAAUUAUUGCUGCUAUCACAGUUAAUGAAGAAAUGUCAGAAAAGGAUGAAGACAUUGACAUUGAGGACUCCACUAUGCAAGUCCCUAAAAUAUCCCAUAGUGAGGGACUAAAGGCUGUUGAAACCACCUUUCAGUACGUGUAUGGCAAAAAAGUUAAAGGUUUGGUGACAUUUCGUUUUGGGGUACAAGGAGAAACUCCUGAAGCAGUCAUGUUUGGUUUAAUGGGACCAGAGCAGCUUGAUGAAGGCUCACAUAUUUUAAGACUACCUACAAGUGAAAUUAAGCAACAUAAAGAUAUUGGUUGGUUUCCAGAAAUAGAGGGAUCUCAUCUAAUUGUUGAAGCAACUGUUGUAGAUGAUGCAACUGGAAAGAAAGAGAAAGCUUACAGUUCUAAAGCCAUCUUUUCAAAGUCCCCAUUUGUUAUCUCGUUUAAGCGAAGUCUGAGAGAUUUUAAACCUGGUCUUGUUUCCAUCUUAGAGGCCAAUGUGAAUUUUGUUGAUGGUAAACCUGCUUCUGGAAUCUUAACAAAAAUAACAGCAAAGGUAAAUGGUGAAGUUUUGAAAAUUAAACAUGACACUGCAGUUAGUGAUGAUGAAGGCAAAGUUUCUUUUAAGCUGCAACCAGAAAUGCAUCAUGAAAUAGUUUCCAUUACAGUGGAAACAAUUGAUCCAAAAUACAAUGGCAGCCAAGCUGUUGGUCAUCAUGAACAAUACAAAUUUAAAUCAAAUAACAAUGCUUAUUUGGCUUUGGAAAGAAGCAGUGGGCAAAAACUGAAGCCUGGAGAUGGGUUCUUGAAGCUGGUUCAUAUUCAUCCACCUGAAAUAAGUGAUAUAUAUUACGUGGUUGUUUCUAAAGGUCAGAUCAUUUCUAUGAAUAAAUUACCACCAGGCAAGUUUUUGUUACACAAAGUAGAAUUUGAUAUCACGUAUGACAUGGUUCCUAGUUUUAGACUUGUAGUGUUUGCACACUACAAUGAUGAACUGAUUGCAGAUUCUUUACAAAUUGAUGUUCAGCAUGUGUGCCAUCCCGAAGCUGAAGUAAUUCAUGGUUUUCUUAAUCUUGAUCUGUGAUAAGUCAGAUAAAUCACAUAUAUUUGUAAUGUAUUUGAGUUACAGUUUUAAGAAAAAAUUUAAUUAUUAUGCCACUCAAUUAAAAUUUUGUUAUGAAAAACCAACCAAUUUAUAAAACAUGCAAUGUGUUCAAGUAGAUAAAAUAUUCAUUAUUCUGCAGCAAAUUGAACUCUGUGAAGUUUGUUAAUAUAGUGUUUGAUCAGCUAUUAUGUUUCAGUCUUCAACAUUUUUGCUGAAAUUGCCAGAUUUGAUAUUGCCAAAAUUUACAUAUGCUGGCAUGUUUUUAUUUGCAGGUUUUGUUUUUUAUAUAAGCCAUUUGAAUAUUCUGAAUUUGAAUAAGCCAUUUGAAAAUUCUGAAUCUGGCAAUGAUAUUGCCUCAAACCUGAUUCAAUAUUACAUAGGUUUCUGUUGAACAUGCAUUUAAAUCUUUGUGAUUGAAUCUUAAAGAUUGUGCACUGGUCAAUAAAUGCCAUUUUUCACAUGCCACUACUUUAUAGUAAACUUAUAAAAUAUCAGUAUAUCAUUAUCCUGAUAAGACAAUGAAGGAAACUUUCAUUCAUUGGAUCCUAAGGAUUAAGUUACAUUAAAGUACACAUGCAAAUAGAUACUAGUUCCUAUAUGUUAGGUUUAUGCUAUGUAUAUAUGCUGUACUUACUCGAAAAUAAGAUCGUCUCAGAUAUGAGAUCCUCCUUACAAUUUAAGAUAAAUUAAAAAAAUAAAAGUAUAGGUGAAUAUUUAUUUUGACAUGCAGUAACAGAAAAGAGAAGAGUGUAAGUGUUCUGUAGUAUAAGUAAGUGCAUUUAGGAACAAUGCCAAAACAAAAAUGAAAUAAGAAAUUUACAUCUUUCCACUGUAUGGUCAUCAGGGAGUUGAUCCCAUGAAAGAAGUAACUUUAUUCUGUGAAAGUUUCUUUUGGGAUGUAGAAUCCAGGUAAUUCAAUGGUUUUCCUUUUAAAAAUUUUUCAUUUUCACUACACCAUAUUUAACGUUACAAUGGACGUUAUUUCAAAGUAUUUUCAAUAAUAAUAAUCAAGUAAAUUUUUAGUUUAUCUAAAUUCAUUACUAAGCACAUUUUAGGUUUAGCUACUACAGAUUGAAUAUAUUUUUUCAUUUUUAAACUUUUGUUUGCUCUAAUAUUCUGUAAUAUUUCAAAACUUCUAUUGCUCUAAGGUUACAGUUUUUAAGAACUAUUUCCUCUUAAUAUUUUUUAGGAUCAGAUUUCAUCUCUUUUUUUUCCUUUCUUCCUAUAUUGGAUUGCUUCUGUUUUAUGUGUUUUUUGGACUCAGAUCACUUAAACGGAAAAUUACUAUUUUUAUUUGAUUUUGGUGAUAUAAUUUUUUUAAAGAAGUUUGGGUUUCCAAAUUUACCUAUGCUGGCUUGUUUUUAUUUGCUGGUUUUGUUUUUUUGACCCAGUCUGCUCAAAAUAAUAUUUAAAAAGUGUGUUUAUUUUUUGUUGCUAUAAUUUUACAAUUCUUUGCACUACUUAGUUCGGUCUGUAGGGGCUAGACUGAGAAAGAUAUAGAUUACUUUGAUUGUUUUUCUAAGAUUAUUUUGAGUUUUAAAUUUUGUGCAUUUAUUGGUUCAGAAAUAGUCUAAAUUAUUUAUUUACUUCUUUAGUUGUGCCAACCCCCUGAUGGCAGGGCAGUGAAAGGUGUAAAUUUAUUAUUUCAUUUGGCAUGUUUUUGUCCUCAUUUUCUUGCAGAUUGCCACUGUGCUUCUAAUAAUUUGUUUUUACAUAUGUUUAUUCUAAAUUAAAUAUGGGAUAAAUUUAAAAUGUA